GAAAAAAAUAACAAACACUUGUGUUUAACAAGAAAAAUUUCCCACCCCAAUCAAUCUAUCUUUUUUUUCAUCGAUAAAUAUCGACGCCCUACAAUAAUAAGAAGAAAAAAAUAUGAAUCAAUUCAACAAGUUUAGAGAUUUUGUUCACGGAAAUUCCGUUCUUUCAAAAUCAAAAAAUGAUCGGCAAAUCUUAUCAACCGAAGUGAUGAAAGAUGAAAAACAUAUGGAAAAUAUUAAAUCAAUAUUGACAACAGCCGAAAAAAAAUUAUCAAAUUCUUUAAUAAGUCCUCGACGUACUUUAGGUGCUGAUCCGGUUGCACCGGAAAAGAAAACGAAAAAAUUUCCUAGUACUAGUCUAAAUAAAUUUUUCAAUGAAGCAUCUGAAAUAUUAUCUUUAUCAAAAAAUGAUUCGGUAUUAGGUAAAACAUUGUUAACAUGUUCUCAAUUGCAGAAUGAAUUCACACAAAUUCUUGCCGAACAUGAAUCAAACAUUGAACAAAAUUGUUUAAAUCGAAUUGAAAAAUAUCUUGAUGAAGAUCUACCUUCAAUACAUCGUACAAAAAAACAAUUAACAAAAGCAUAUGAAGAAUUAAAAACAGCACGUUCUAAACAUGAUUCAUUCACUAGAAGUGCUCAACAAAGUUUGGAUAUACAGAACAAGAUUGAAACAUUGAAAAAGGAUGUAGAAUAUAGUGAACAUAAAUUGGAACAAUGUCAGGACGCAUAUGAAAUUGAAAUCUUUGAUUUUCUUGGCAAAGAAUUAACAAUAUCGGAAAUUUUUUUCCAAUAUAUUAAAUUAUUAGAAAUCUAUCAUGAACAAAUGUUACAACAAAUUCGUCAUUACAUUCCGGUUUUGGAAGGAGUGUUAAAGAAUACAUCACAACGACCAGUGUUUGGUUGUCCAUUGGAAGAGCAUCUUCGUUCGUCUGGAAGAAAAAUUUCUGUUGUGAUCGAAAAAUGUGUUGAAUAUCUUUUUCCAUUCGUACGCGAAGAAGGAUUGUUUCGUAUAUCCGGUAGUCUUUCCAAAGUUAAACGGAUGCGCAAUGCAUUCAAUGCUGGUCGCUUAGAAGCGUUGAGUGAAAUGAAAAAUGAUGCACCUGCUGUUGUUAGUACAUUGAAAUCCUAUCUUCGUGAAUUACCUGAACCUUUAUUGACAUUCCGACUCUAUCCGGAUUGGAUCGAAGCUUCCAAAGAAUCGGAUCAGAAUGAACGGUUGAAAUCGAUAUGGACAGUUUGUACAAAGUUACCGGAAGCAAAUCGGAACAAUCUUUGUUAUCUGAUGAAAUUUCUACAUGAAUUAACAAAAUAUUCCGAACUUAAUAAAAUGUCAAGUCAAAAUUUAGCCAUUGCUUUGGGUCCAAGUUUACUUUGGUCUGAAAGAGAUUCAUGCGAUUUAAGCAUGUCGAAUCAUCUGCCGACAUUAGUUGAAGCAUUGAUUACCUAUUGUGAUUAUUUCUUCCCUAAUGAAUUUCCCGAAUUUGCGACAAAUUCACCUACUUCUCCGGUACAAACAAACAUGAUUGAUAAUUCAUCAUCAUUUAGCGAUAAUUCUGAUGAUCAAGAUUUUUCUUUGAAUGCUACAAAAUUUUCUCCAAUUUUGAAUCAUCAUCAUCAUAGUAGCAAUGAUAAAAUCAAUCAGCAACUGGUGGAUAAGAAGAAAAAACCAGCACCAAAGCCUCCGUCAUCAAUGACAUCAUCACAAUCAUCACUUCAAACAACCAAUAUUGAUCUAAGUCCAACUGGUAGUUUGACAUCAUCAUCAACGAAAAUUCGUUCGAAAGUUGCAUCAUUCAAAUUUCAAAAGCCUUCCGCUCUCAAUAAGCCUACUCUCACUCAACAAGGAGAAAAUAUUACCAUUAGUAAUAGUAAUGAAAUUUCACAAAAUCCGGAUCCAAUUAUAAAAGAAUCGAACCGUGAAGAACCAAUACCGACUGCAAUCUAUCUUACCACAAAAGGUACUGUUAGAACUGAUGAAUCACCCGGAAUCUAUUUACGAAAAUCUCCCGAAUCGAUGUCAACUUUUCGACCGCAACCACCCAUAAUGGCGACGACUAAAAUCCGUCCAAAAUCUGUUUGUGAAAGGCCAAUGGUCGCUCCACCAAGUGUUCCACCACGCCCAUCAUUGACACCAAAACAAUCUAAAGCUGAAAUCGGACAUCAAAACUCGAAAUCUCAGCUAUCAUCUAAUGAUAAUAUUCAAUUGGUCGAUAAAUACCCAGAACUGAAUCAUAUUGAUUCUGAAUCCGAUGAUCAGAAUAGCAGAUCUUCAAAAGAUUUGAGUGAUCAUAGUAUACAGCAAAAAGUUCUCAUUGAUUUCAAAGAUGAUUCCAAAUCAAAUAUUGACGAACAACACUCAUCAAUUUAUCCUUCGUUAGAGGCAAUGAUGGAAAAGAAUGAUAAUGAAAAUGAAGAAGAAAUUAAAAUUCCAUUUGAACCGGCAUCAACGCCACCGCCGCCACAUAGACCUCCACGGACACAUUCAUCUAAUUCGUCAACUGGAUCAUCAUCGAAUUUAAGCAUGAAUGAUGGGCGUGAUUCAAUAUUGGAUACAACUUCAUUUCCAUCACUAAAAAAACGACAUCAACGAUCAGCUUCUUCUUCGAUCUCGACUUUGAAUAACAACAAUAACAAUCCUGAUAUUGAUGACAAUUCCAAAUCGAAUCCGAAUUCAUCCAAAAUAACGCAAUCAAAAACUGAUCAUCAAACCUAUCUGUGAAAAGAACAAACAAACAAAAAUGUUGACAUUUAUUUCAAACAUUCGAAUUUAUUUUGAUUAUCAAGUGCCUUUUUUUGCAAAUACUUGAAA